AUGAUAGGACAAGGACCAACUCUAACAUGCACGGUGGGUGUUGCAUUCUUAACCUGCGCACUCACAACACUCUCUGCAGCUGUUCAUGAAGACACAUCAAACAUAUUCCAAGUGACCAGUGGGGACAGGAAAUUCUUGGACAAUGAUGUGGUGGGUGCUUAGAAACACUUUAAGGUUUUCAUGGAAAAGUACGAGAAGAAGUAUGAUACGAGAGAGGAGUACCUGCACCGACUUGGGAUAUUCGCGAAGAACAUGGUAAGGGCGGCCAAGCACCAAGUGCUGGACCCCACGGCGGUCCACGGAGUCACUCCUUUCUCUGAUCUCUCGGAGGAGGAGUUUGAGGAACUGUACACAGGUGUGAGAGGUGGGAAUACUGAUAUGGAUGUGGUUAAGGAAACUGGUCCGUUGCUGGAGGUUGGUGGGUUGCCUGAGAGCUUUGAUUGGAGAGAGAAAGGAGCUGUUACUGAGGUUAAGAUGCAGGGUCAAUGUGGAUCAUGUUGGGCUUUUAGCACUACAGGAGCUGUCGAAGGAGCCAAUUUUAUUGCAACUGGGAAACUUGUCAAUCUUAGUGAACAACAGCUUGUUGAUUGUGAUAACACGUGCGACAUAAAGGACAAAACUGCAUGUGACAAUGGAUGCGGAGGAGGCCUUAUGACAAAUGCGUACAAAUAUUUGCUCGAGGCAGGAGGGUUAGAGGAGGAGAGUUCAUACCCUUACACUGGGAAGCGAGGUCAAUGCAUGUUUAAGCUGGAAAAUGUAGCCGUACGAGUUGUCAAUUUUACCAGUAUCCCUAAUGAUGAGAACCAAAUUGCAGCGUAUUUAGUCAACUAUGGUCCUCUUGCAGUUGGGUUAAAUGCGGUGUUCAUGCAAACUUACACUGGUGGUGUCUCAUGCCCUCUUAUUUGUGGCAAGAAAUGGAUUAAUCAUGGAGUAUUGCUCGUGGGAUAUGGUGAAAAGGGGUAUUCCAUUUUAAGAUUUGGCUACAAGCCCUAUUGGAUCAUCAAGAAUUCAUGGGGCACGAGAUGGGGUGAAAAGGGCUAUUACCGCCUUUGUCGGGGGUAUGGAAUGUGUGGAAUGACCAGAAUGGUCUCUGCAGUGGUGACUCAAGCCUCCUAA